AUGGUUGACCUUCUGAAGAUCCUUUCUUGGAUAUAUUUUUCUUCAUUCGGGAUAGGGUUGUUAAGCGUAUUUCUCGCAAGGUGGAGGAUUCCUAUUUUACUGAAGUAUGGCAAGACAUUGGUUGACCAGAAGCACCAAAAUGAUGGAAUGUUUGACAUUCUACUACAUUUAACUGUUCCUAAGGAAUGGUUUCGUCAUUUCUAUAUUCUUUCGAGCUGUCUCUCGAUAAUUAACCUGUGGUCGUCAAUGAACCUUGUCUCGCUGCUGGUGGCUUUCCACUCGUUUCGAAGAGUAUAUGAAACACAUUAUGUGAAUCGGUUUGGAAAAAGAUCCAGGAUGCAUAUUUCUCAUUAUUUAGUGGGUUUAUGGUUCUACACUUCUCUGAAUGUUGCAGUAGCAAUCAGCUCAACGUCACAUCAAACCCAUAGUAUUGGUUCUAGACUUUUCUUGAUUGCACUCUUUUCGUUGGCAUCAUUUGACCAGUACAAAAACCAUCUUCACUUAUCGCACCUCGUGAAGUACACCUUGCCGCAAUAUGGAUUAUUCCAGGUGGUUACUAGUGCACAUUAUUUUGAUGAGGUGUUAAUAUACCUAUCGUUGGCAUCAUACACAGGCACCGCGGAGAUGUAUUGUUGCUUUGCAUGGGUACUGGGGAAUUUAUCUAUAUCGGCGAUUGAGACCAGAGAGUGGUAUGCUAAGAAAUUCCCAUCAAAAACCCCACCAUAUGCAAUCCUGCCGUAUCUACUCUAA